CUCAGACACAAAGUGAGGUACAAUGCGUUUCUCAGCCGUCGCAUUACUGGCCUCCUGCACAUGGGCAUCGCUGGCUACGGCCAUCCGCCCUCCUAAACCGGUUCCCCGGCCUGUAUCUCGACCAGUAUCCAGGCAAUCGUCUACUUUCGAAGGCCAAGCAACGUUCGAUCAGCUUUUGGAUCAUCAUCAUCCAGAAAAGGGCACUUUCUCGCAACGGUACUGGUGGAGUACUGAGUUCUGGGGAGGGCCGGGUUCGCCGGUGGUGCUGUUUACUCCCGGCGAAGAAUCCGCAGAUGGAUACGAGGGCUAUCUGACCAAUAAUACUCUGACGGGGGUUUAUGCGCAGGAGAUCCAGGGCGCGGUGAUUUUGAUCGAACACCGUUAUUGGGGUGGUUCUUCGCCGUACGAGAAUCUGACGGCGGAAACGUUGCAGUACCUCACGCUCGAGCAGUCUAUUCUCGACCUGACCUAUUUUGCCAAGACGGUUAAGUUGGAAUUUGAUUUUAAUGGUAGCAGCAAUGCGCAAAAGGCACCAUGGGUAUUGGUUGGAGGCUCGUACAGCGGUGCAUUGACGGCGUGGACGGAGGCUAUUUCUCCAGGGACGUUCUGGGCAUACCAUGCUACCAGUGCCCCGGUCGAGGCAAUCUACGACUUUUGGCAAUACUUCUAUCCCAUCCAACAAGGCAUGGCUCAGAAUUGCAGCAAAGAUGUCUCGCUGGUGGCAGAGUAUAUCGAUCAUGUUGGAAAGACUGGCUCAGCCAAAGAGCAGCAGGAUAUCAAGGAGUUGUUUGGCCUCGGUGCCUUGGAGCAUUAUAAUGAUUUUGCUGCAGUUCUUCCCAUCGGACCGUAUCUUUGGCAAGAAAACACCUUUUCCUCGGGAUAUUCCGACUUUUUCCAAUUCUGCGAUUCUGUCGAGAACGUCGAAGCAGGCGCAGCAGUCGUCCCUGGGCCAGAGGGAGUCGGUCUGGAAAAGGCUUUGAAAGGAUAUGCCAAGUGGUUCAACACGACUAUGCUUCCUGGAUACUGUGCCGACUACGGGUACUGGAAAGACGAAUGGAGCGUCGCCUGCUUCGACACGCAUAAUGCCUCCAGCCCUCUCUUCACGGAUACCUCGGUCGAAAACCAAAUGGACCGUCAAUGGCAGUGGUUUCUCUGCAAUGAACCGUUUUUCUGGUGGCAGGAUGGCGCCCCCGAAAACGUAAGCACCAUCGUCCCCCGUACCGUCGACGCAGCAUACUGGCAACGACAAUGCUCGCUGUUCUUCCCUGAAACGAAUGGAUAUAAAUAUGGCAGUGCUAAAAAUAAGACUGCUUCCACUGUCAACGACUGGACGGAUGGUUGGUUCUUGACUAAGAAUACGACUCGGUUGAUAUGGACGAAUGGACAAUAUGAUCCCUGGAGAGACUCAGGCGUCUCGUCUGCCUUCCGACCUGGUGGCCCUCUCGUCAGCACCCCCAAUGAGCCAGUACAGAUUAUUCCCGGCGGAUUCCAUUGCUCGGACUUGUACAUCAAAGAUGCUACUGCCAACGCGGGCGUGAAGAAGGUAGUCGAUACUGAAGUUGCACAGAUCAAAGCUUGGGUUGAUGAGUACUACAAGUAGAUAAGAUUCUUAUAUCUUAAAUCCAAAAUCCCUAUGAUUGAAUCUCACUCAAUCCCACAAUCCGGAAACUUGACCCGAAUCCGUGUAUUAAUAUCUUCCAUCGCAUAUCCCUCUCCCCGCUGCAGCAACAUCUCCCCACAAUGCUGCGUAUGUGUAUACGGGGCAAUAUACGUAUCGAUAGCCUCCUUCCCGGGUCCCAGCAGCGCGCGGUGCAUUUUCUGCCAC